CUGGGGACGAAUGUGGCGACAAGAGGAGAGUGGGGGGAGGGCUUCCUGAAGCCGAAGAUUCCGCCCCCUUAGGCGUCCCAGCGGCUCCGGCGCCUGGGGCUGGGGGGCUGCGGGGAGGCCCCAACCAGGAAGCAGCAGGACUGCUUUCCUGAAAACGUUACGGGCAGGAGGGUACGCCAGAUAGUACUGCUGGGGGCGGGGAAGUCCGCUGGAGAGCGCAGGAGCGGCGGGCGAAGAUUAGCCUAACUUUGAGGUCCGCCCUGUGCCCAGGAGGGUGGUCAAGUCUGCUUUCUGGAACACCGAGAUAGCACUGCCCUACAGAGGCCGACAUUAAAAUCGCAACUAGAGAACGGAGAGCGAGGCAUGCAGAACCAGGAGAAACAACCGCAAAAUCAGCAUCUUUCUAGAAAAGCUUUGGAAUAGGAGAGUGCUAUUCCACCCAGAAUGGAAGUGUGUCCUUACUGUAAGAAGCCAUUUAAACGAUUAAAAUCCCAUUUGCCAUACUGUAAGAUGAUAGGACCAGCUGUGCCUGCUGUUUGUCAGUCUAAGCAGGCUACACUCCCACGUGCUAAAAAAAUCAAAGGGCCAAUCAGAGACUCAGUUAAAGCAAAAGAGAAAGGGUUAGGGACAGAUAGUAAGAAAAGAAAUCCUGAACUGAAAGGGGACAGAUCAGAACAACAGACAGUUAAGUCCUCUCCACAACUAACUGUUGGUUUGGAAAAAACAAGUAAUACAAAGGCUGACAAAGACUUCAAGAAUCAAAUUCAACCCUCCCUCAAAAUGCUAAAAAACACUGAACCGAAGGUUACUUUCCAGGGAGAAACUACAGCUCAGUUUUCUGCAUCAGAAAACACCACUCCUAAAAAAGAGCUUGCCGAAGAUUUGUCUAAAUCAGGGGAAAGUAGAAAUAACCCUUCAGAAACUGAAGCUUCUUUAGCUCUUGGCCCAAUGGAACCUUCUCUGUCAAAUCAAGAUAGGAAAUAUUCUUCGGCUUUCCCUAAUGAUGUACAAGCCACUUCUGCUGAUUUAAGAUUGGACAGAGCGGAUGCCCCAAGACAGAACCUUCUCCUAAAAUUACUAGAUAUGCCUCUGGGCGAUUAUCACAGUUCUCCCAUGAAUCUCAAUUCCGGGGUUAAAAGGGUAAGCAUAUCAUCAAGCAGUGAGAGGGAUUCCAAGGCCGGGGAUCACCUCUUGGGAGUCUCUACCAGAGACUCUGGGAAUUGGGAAAAGAACACAGAAUCACAAAUUGCAGCUUUUAAGGUUAGCCCGUUAGAUAAAAUCCAGGUCAAGGAGAACCAGGGAAAAGGACUUGACGUUGGAGCAGAGGCAUGUGGGAGCCAAGGAAAUGCAGAGAAAAGUGCAUUUGCAACAGACAUGCAGGAAUGGGCUGCCGUGAGCGAUGAUUCAGUCAUGGAGAGGAAAUCUCGAGGUGAAGGCCCCGAUUUAGAGUUGCUUACGCCAACGGAGACAAAUUGCAGUGAGCUCUCUGUAUCACAGUCACGUAAUCAAAGUCUUGCUUCUCUGGCUAUGAAAUUCCUCCAAGAAGAGAAGGCAGAAGCCUGCAGCCAUAAACAAGUCCCUGCUAUGAAGGCAUUGACGAAGAGUGAGGGGCAAGCUUCUCUGACACCCACGUCGGGCUGUCGGCCGCCAGCAUCGCACCCCAGGGGCCAGCAUUCUGCACAUUCAACCCAUCAUCACGCUUUUAAAAGCCCCUUCACAGGUCAGAUUGGUGCCACCGACAGAAAGACCCUAUCCAGCUCCCUGGGGCUGGAGUGGUUUCCAGAGCUCUAUCCCGGUUAUCUUGGACUCGGGGUGUUGCCGGGGAAGCCUCAGCAUUGGGGCACAUUGGCCCAGAAGCCUGCGCUCAUCAGUACCCAGGGGGAAAGCUGCUCACAAGUUCCUUUGUUGGAAAGAAGUUCGACGGCGGUAAGAAGUUUGGAAGCCCCGGCCAGCCUCACAACCUCCAGCUUCUCUCUAAGGAGGCUCUUGGGAGCUGUCCAAACAGGCUGGAUCAGGUGUCGCACCACCGUGAAGGGCAGAGGAGUCGGUGGCAUCAUGAUGCUCUUCACAGGGUACUUCGUCCUUUGUUGUAGCUGGAACUUCAAGCAUCUGAAAAGCAUGCCAAGCCCUGCCCCAGAUGGACAGGACGCCUCACGGGCUCCUGUGUUGGAGGGAUGAAGAGGACUGGGGAUCUCCGCUCUGAAGCAUUUGGUUAGGAAACGCGAAAGGAGGAGAAGCCUUUCUGGACUCAGCACCUAAGCGCCUGAGUGUUGCCCCCUCAGCUCCCCACCGCGUGUGAGUGCAGUGGUGCCGGCAAGAGUAAGCUCACAGCUCCCCAGGGUUGUCAUCAAGAUCAUUUUUGUCCCUACUGUAAGUAAACUAGUGCCACUUGUAAUCAGAAUGCUAAAACAUCAUGAAAGGGUUUAACUCCGUUAGAUCACGAUAAAUACUUUACAUCUCUGAAAAUAAGUUCCUUAAUGAGAAAAGCGAACUACUUAAUGACCCAUCAGUCCUGAAGGGAUAUCUGCUGCUUAUUGCCCGGUAUGUUGUGUUAGUUUCAGGUGUACAGCAUGGUGAUGCAGUUAUACAUAUAUAUAUCUAUCUAUGUGUAUGUAUUCUUUUACAGAUUCCUUUCCCUUAUAGUUGAUUACAAAAUUUCAAGUAGAGUUCCCUGUGCUACACAGUAGGUCCUUGUUGAUUAUCUGUUUUAUAUAGAGUGGUGUGUAUCUGUGAAUCCCAACCUCCUACUUUAUCCCUCCCCCCACCCCACCCUUUUCCCCUUUGGUAACCAUAAAUUUGU